AUGGGACUUUAUGCAACCAGAAGUGGUCAAGACCUCAGUUGCUUUUUUUUUCUGCUGAAAGCUGGCAGCUCCAGCGAGCACACCAGUCCUGUUCAGAUGUGCUGGAGCUUUGGGGCCGAGUUGAGUCCAAAGGAGAAGAACCGGUUACUGAAGUGCCGACGACCAUUGUCCAGCACUGUGGCUUCCACCUGGAGGUUAACCUGCAUGGCCUGGCUUCGCGGGCGAGUGCUGAAAGGCUGUAGUGGAUAUGAUGAUGCAGGAAUUUGGGUUCAGAAAAUGGAAGACUUUUUAAUGCUUCAGCGAUGUGUGAAGAUUUAUCAGCCGGGCUCCAAAAUGAGCAAAGCUGACUGGAACAGUCCUUUGAAGGAUGCCUCUAGACUCUGCAAAAACAGUUUCACUGCCUGCAAGGACAGCAAACCCUCAAACAUGACCCCAGAGCAUAUCUGCCCAAGCACUCUCGCAGCCUUAGUAGGUGGCAAGGUGUUUGCAGAUGGGAUAUUUGCAGGAGAUGUGCAGCAGGACAGCUUUCCAGCUCGAUUUGGAGGAAUACAUUUCGUCAAUCAGCCGUGGUAUAUCCAUGCCCUCUACACAGUUAUACGGCCCUUUCUAAAGGAGAAGACACGAAAAAGGAUAUUCCUGCAUGGUAAUAACCUCAACAGCCUGCAUCAGCUAAUACACCCUGAGAUCCUGCCUUCAGAGUUUGGGGGAAUGUUGCCCCCCUAUGACAUGGGGACGUGGGCAAGAACACUGCUCGACCAUGAAUACGAUGAUGACAGUGAAUGCAAUGCGGACUCCUACAACACUCCUGCAAAGGAUAUAGAAAAGGACCUCUCUCCGAAAUCCAUGAAAAGGUCUCAGUCGGUCGUGGAUCCUGGGGUGCUGAAACGCAUGGAUAAGAAUGAGGAAGAAAACAUGCAGCCUUUGCUUUCGCUUGACUAACAGUUCCUGAGCAUCGGCCAUGGACUGAGGUGGAAGGCACUGCCUCUCAGCAACAAGCAAACCGUUUUGUUCCAGCUGGAAUCCUAUUUACUCGUGUUAAUGUAGCAUAAUGGCAGCAGGCAGCAGGUUUUACUAUUCUGCCUGAAUUCUGGAUGCCCUUGGGUGAAAAAGAAGAGGAGAAAAAAGGAAAAUAAAAU